UGGAACCUUCCUGACCCCGCGGCAGGAGGAUGGCGGCCUUUGCCCGCCUGCUGGAGCGUCUCGGGUGGUCCCCUCGAGCUCAAGAGGCAGCGAAGCAGGAGGCAGAGGCGGAGCGCAGGGGCCCCGGCGAGCCUGGGGGUCUCUUGGCUGCGCCCCGAUGCUCGCAGAGGCUACACGGGGGUGCGGCAGCCGCACCCGGCUUGCGCUUCGGGGCGAGCGCAGUGCAGGGCUGGCGCACGCGCAUGGAGGACGCGCACUGCGCUCGGCUGGCUUUGCCCGGCCUGCCGUCGGGCUGGGCUUUUUUCGCAGUCCUUGAUGGCCACGGCGGAGCGCGGGCCGCGCGCUUCGGGGCGCGCCACCUCCCAGGUCACGUGCUGGGGGAGCUGGGUCCGGCGCCCCGGGAGCCGGAGGACGUGCGCCAGGCUCGGCGUAGCGCCUUCCUCCGCGCAGACGCGCAUCUGCGCGCGCUCUGGCCCCGCAGCGACCCCGGCGGCUCGACGGCGGUGGCGCUGCUCGUGUCCCCGCGCUUCCUCUACCUGGCGCACUGCGGGGACUCGCGCGCGCUGCUAAGCCGCUCGGGCUCCAUGGCUUUCUGCACCGAGGACCACCGUCCCCACCGGCCUCGGGAACGGGAGCGCAUCCACGACGCGGGUGGUACCGUCCGUCGCCGGCGCGUUGAGGGCUCCCUGGCCGUGUCCCGAGCCCUAGGCGACUUCGCCUACAAGCAGGCACCCGGGCGGCCUCCUGAGCUGCAGCUCGUGUCCGCUGAGCCCGAGGUGGCUGCGCUGGCACGCCAGGCCGAGGACGAGUUCGUGCUUCUGGCCUCCGAUGGCGUGUGGGACACUCUGUCUGGGGCGGACUUGGCGGGGCUGGUGGCGUCGCGCCUCCGCCUGGGCUUGGCCCCGGAGCAACUCUGUGCGCAGCUGUUGGACACGUGUCUGUGCAAGGGAAGUCUGGAUAACAUGACUUGCAUGGUGGUCUGCUUCCCAGGGGCCCCCAGGCCUUGUGAGGAGGCCAUCAGGAGGGAGAUGGCUUUGGACGCAGCCCUGAGCCACAAAGUUGCUGAGCUGUAUUCUUCUGCUCAGGAACCCCCAUGCCUGAACACGGUUUUCAGGACCCUGGCGUCAGAGGACAUACCAGGCCUGCCGCCCGGAGCCGGGCUGCAUAGCAAGGCCACUGUCAUUGCUGAAGCUUACUCUAAGCUCCGUCAGACCCCAGGGCAAUGUCAAGAGAAGAGGUGAGAUGGUGCGGAACCCACGGCACCCACGGUGCCCACUCAACCCUUGACUUGAACCCCUUGGCCGUCCUCUGGGGACCAUCUGCACAGCUCAGGGGAAAAUCUGUCCUUUCCUACCCUGAGAGGCAGAGGAAGGAAGGCCAGCCGUGGAGGAACCUAGAUCCUUCAUUUCCCCUUCUCCGACUUCCCCUCACCAGAGUCUCAUGAGGGGGGAACUCCACCACCAUCAAAAAAAAAAAAAAAAGCCAGCCGAGCGCAGUUCCUUUUCUCCUCCUUAAUAUCUAAAGCCAGACAGAUCUUAAGAGAUCAAUGUGUAACAGCCUAUUUUUUUUUACCUGUUCUACAAGGAGGUGGUAAGACCUCUGAAUAUUAAAUUUUAAUCAAU